AACUGGAGGAGAAGCGAGCUGUUGAUGCCCUCGCCACAACAACACAGCCGCCUCCGCCGUGUUUGUGUAGCAGCCUCAAGAAUACAACUCUGUGUCACCUGUGUGUUGUGAAGAAAACUUUCUGUAUUGGAACAUUAAAAAGGACAUACUCUUGAGAAUAAGAAGCGAAGACAUCCCAAGAGAUGGAUGGGAAGCGGAAGUCUGAAUACUUGGCCAUAGCCAUUCAAGCCAAAAAGCCUCGACAUGAAAUGGUCGUACACACUGGAGAGAAAGGAGCUCUUGUUCAAAGUGGUCCCCCAAGAACCAGUGGUCUCAUGUCGCCCAUUAUGCAGCUCUCUGGCCACCAGGGAGAUAUCUUAUGUGGUAAAUUCCACCCUGAGGGGGACGUCCUUGCUACUGCUGGCAUGGACAGGCAAAUACUUUUUUGGAAUGUUUAUGGAGACUGUGAUAACUUUGGAAUGUUGACGGGCCACACAAAUGCUAUCACAGACAUGCAUUUCUCUACUGAUGGGACAGUUUUGUAUACAGCAUCAGCAGACAAGACAGUCAUGUGCUGGGAUACUACUAGUGGUACACGUGUUAAAAAGCUUAAAGGACACAGUAGUUUUGUUAAUUGUGUGCAUAGUGCACGGCGUGGUCCAAGUCUCAUAGUGAGUGGUGGAGAUGAUUGUACUGUCUUAAUCUGGGAUGUGCGAAAAAAAAGACCAGCUACAACACUUCAGAAUACGUUCCAGGUAACAGCCGUGACCUUUAAUGACACAUCAGAGCAAGUCAUCUCUGGUGGUAUCGACAACGAUAUGAAGGUAUGGGAUUUGAGGAAAAAUGGUCUGCUGUACCGGAUGCGUGGUCAUAAUGAUACUGUAACUGGGCUCAGCCUUUCCCCAGAUGGCUCUUACGUACUGUCCAAUGCCAUGGACAAUACUGUCAGAAUAUGGGAUGUUCGACCAUUUGCUCCUCAAGAGCGUUGUGUAAAAAUCUUCCAAGGACACCAGCACAACUUUGAAAAUAUUUUAUUACGUUGUUCUUGGUCACCUGAUGGUCGUCGAGUAGCAGCUGGAUCGUCUGAUCGCCACGCAUACAUAUGGGAUACAACUACAAGACAUAUUCUUUACAAGUUACCAGGACACAAUGGCUCUGUUAAUACAGUCGAAUUUCAUCCCAAAGAACCAAUAAUUAUGUCUGUGUCGAAUGAUAAGCAAAUUUUCAUAGGAGAAAUUGAAUAGAAAUUAGCUGAAAAUUUCAAGCACUUCAAGGUCAUGCUCUCGCAGCCAACAGCAUUAGUCGAUUAAGAAAUUUGAUCUUGUCACCCACCCUCUCAUCUUUACACAAGUACAUGAGAAACAGAUGUUUAAGAGAAUUGUCCACAAUAAAUCCUGAAACAAAAUGUAGUGAAUUUCUUUUUAAUUGAAAUUUUAAUAAUAAAGUUUAUACAAAAUUCUAUUGUGAAUAAAUUACCCAUCAGUAUGUGCACAUUAAUAUUGUAAAAGCUAACAGAAAAUUGUACAAGACGUUUUAGUUAAGGUAAUCUCUUAUUUGAAUAAAAAUACAGUAACCUAAUUACUGUGGUUACAACAUGCAGUUUGUUUAAUUUUUAAGAUGUAAACAACAUUGCAUAAGCAAACAUGUGAUACUAAAACCUAAAUUAUCCAUACCUCAGUUUUACAAAUUCUUGGGUAAAUUGAGAUGGGAACUCUAUUUUUACUAUCUCAGUUUACUGAACAUGAGCCAGUCAAGUUUCUCUAACUAGAUAUUUUCUUCAAAUUUCCAAAGUUUGUUUCUAGACACCCAGAAGUAUCUAUUAAUGCAGAUAAUCAGGUGUACACUGUAUCGUGUUCUUCAUAUGAAGUAAGUACUUCAUAUUUUUGUAAAUGUUUGUAUGAACAAGUUUUGUAUUCAAAUAUACUGUACAAAUAAAUUUGGAAA